GGCUCCAGUCGAAGGCGGCAAGAUUGGCACUUUUUUCCCGAAACUUAAUCGCGUUUUUCCCGAGACUGUGGACAUAUUGUCCUUCGUAUUUUGGUGUUCAUACAUCGCCCUUAUAACCCGCUUGGAUUACCCCUUAAUGUUUUAAAAGGAAUACCCUGUUUUCUCCAUAUAAAAGGGUUUUCCUGCAAAUCCGGACCCUAUGCUCCUCCCUGAAGCCUCUGAUUCUGCAGCGCUGCAGAAGUGGAUACUCUGAUACCUGGCUCUGGUUCUCCUGGAUCUGCUGGUUCUGCUGGUGGAGGCGAGGGGUCAGAGGGCCCAGCGGGGGGGGCUGUCCUGAUCGAGCCUCUUUACGAUGAACAGACUGAGCUUCCACAACAACAGAGCCAUGCAGGACCGUCGCUGCGUCUGUGUCUUUCUGCCCAACGACGACACGCUCAACGUCAUCGUCAACGUGAAGACUGUGUGUCAGGAGCUGCUGGUGCAGGUGUGUGAUCUGCUGAGGCUGAAGGACUGCCACCUGUUCGGACUCAGCGUCAUCCAGAAUAAUGAACACAUCUACAUGGAGCUGGAUCAGAAGCUCUCUAAGUAUUGUCCCAAAGAGUGGAAGAGGGAGGCCAGCAAGGGUAUCGACCAGUUUGGGCCUCCGAUGAUCAUCCACUUCAGAGCUCAGUAUUACGUGGAGAACGGGAGACUGAUCAGUGACCGCUCUGCCCGGUAUUAUUACUACUGGCACCUGAGGAAGCAGGUGCUGCAGUCGGAGUGUCUGCAGAGGGAGGAGGCGUACUUCCUGCUCGCCGCCUUCGCCCUGCAGGCCGACCUCGGGAACUUCAAAAGGAACAAACACUUCGGGAAGUACUUUGAACCCGAGGCCUACUUCCCCCCCUGGGUGAUAUCGAAGCGUGGUCGUGAGUACAUCCUGCGUCACAUCCCCAACAUGCACAAAGACCAGUUUGCUCUGACGGCCUCUGAAGCUCACCUGAAGUACAUCAAGGAGUCCGCUCACCUGGACGACGUCACCGUGCACUACUACCGUCUGUACAAGGAUAAGAAGGAGGUGGAGGCGUCUCUGACUCUGGGACUGACUCUACGAGGCAUCCAGAUCUUUCAGAACGUGGGCUCGGUGCGGCAGCUGCUGUAUGACUUCCCCUGGACCAACGUGGGGAAGCUGGUGUUCGUGGGUAAGAAGUUUGAGAUCCUUCCUGACGGCCUCCCGUCGGCUCGUAAACUGAUGUACUACACCGGAUGCCCGAUUCGAUCCCGGCAUCUCCUGCAGCUGCUGAGCAACAGCCACCGACUCUACAUGAACCUGCAGCCAGUGCUCAAGCAGGUGCGCCGCCUCGAGGAGAACGAAGAGAAGAAGCAGUACCGGGAGUCGUACAUCAGCGAUGCUCUGGACCUGGACAUGGAUCAGCUGGACAAACGCUCGCGGGCCAGCGGCAGCAGCGCCGGCAGCAUGAAGCACCACAAACGCCUCCACAGAAACUCCACCACGAGCCACGGCAGCUCGCAGACCUCCGGCAUCGAGGCCGACAGCUUCAGGGCUGGGGGGCAGGACAGCUGCAGGGCGGGGGGGCAGCACCGACCCUUGCGGACCUGCAGCUCCUCCACCACCAGCCACGGCAGCUCCAACACCUCCGGCAUCGAGAGCGGCGGGAAGGAGCGCUGCCUGGACGACGACGAGAUCGAGAUGCUGGUGGACGACCCCAAAGACUACGAGGAGCUUCACGAGUCAGCUCUGGAUCAGGAGCUGUGUAUCCACAUCACUGAGGACAUGUUGACCAUGUCUCCGGAUCACACCAACGGAUACUCAGGUCUGAUAGUGAAGGACGUCAGCUCGUCGACAUCCAGCUCCUCAGAGACCGUCGUCAAGAUGAGAGGACAGAGCAUCGAGUCUCUGCCGCAGACGUCGACCUGCAGGAAGCCCCCCUCCUCGUCAGACCGCCACUCCCAGUCUCUGGACGACGUCCGGCUGCAUCAGAAGGAGCUGCUGCAGUGGGCGGAGCUCUGCCAGGACUCCGCCCACAGCUACACUUUCGGCUGCGCCCAGGAGCUCAGCGACGGCGGCGGGGGGGUCGGUGGGGGCGGAGCCUACCAAGGCCUGGCCGAGCAGAGGGCCGGUCUGAUGGCGGGGGAGCAGCACCCCUUCCCCAUCAAGAGGACCAACAAGUACUUCAGCCUGGACCUCAGCAACGAGGAGGUGCCCGAGUUUGUGGUGUGAGGGAGAGAGGGAGGCUGAGAGGAGACAUCUUUACGAGCUGCUCCCUGAGGGGGGGUCGGAAUGGAUCCGCUUUAAAACACUUUCAGAGGAGACAGAAAAAGAUGCUGCUCCCUUCAGGAAAAACCACAACAGACAUGGAGGCUUCUCCCUGUGAGAGGAUCUAAACACACUUUUUUAUUCAAUCUGUCUCCUCCAGACUGAACCGUCUGCUCCUGGUGUUCCAGAGGAGAGAGUUCCCAGGACACAAAGGAAUAACCAGGGAUAACGAACAAACAUGGAGGACGUUUUAACCGGAGCUGCUCCCUGAGAGAAGACCUAAAGGGUCUCCUCUAAACUGCUUCUGAUGGUUACCUCAAGGAGAGCAUUUCCAGGAUAAAGUCCCAAAAAGAUGGGGUUCCCUUUAGGAAAAACAACAAAUAUGCAGUCAGACUUCAGACUUCAGGACGUCUGGAGAAAGGAAACUAAAGGGAUCUUCUCUUAGAAAACAUUAGCAUUGAAAUCUGUCCACAGAGCGUCUGUUGCUGUUGUUCCAGGACACAAAGACAAAGGAAUAACCACGGAUAACAAACAAAGAUCGAGAGGAAACUGAAGGGAUCCUCUUUGACUGAAAUCUGUCUGCUCCAAACAGAACAACACCUCCUCCUUCAGAGUCCAGAGAGAGACCGAUUCUGAAUCAAUGGAGGACAGAGUUUCCAACAAAGGAAUAACCACCAAUCACAGACCAAGAUGGAGCCGAACAGCUCUAAACUCAACUGGAUUUAGGGCCAGAGUCCACAGAGCGGCCUCCUCUUUUUAAAAUAGUUUUUAGUAAGAAGAGAGUUACAGAACAAAAAGAUGGAGCAAUGAGAACAAAAAGGAGGCAGGAAGGAGACGUCUUUAACCGGAGCUGAGAGAGGAUCCUCUUCUUCAAAACAUUUGGGUUCCUCUACGCUGGUUUUAAGAACCACACCAGAAUGUUCACAGAGCGACUGAUUCUGCACCGAGUUAUCGUAGCCAAAGAGGGGAGAGCCAGUACGGCCUCUGCACCCAGAAUCUUCUCCUGGAGAUAUCUCAACUUGAUGUCAGAGUGGAAAUGGGAGGAGAGGCUGGUUUGGUUUGUCUGUUUGAGGAGUUAAAGCUCAGCCUCAGGGAACCAGAGGAGAGUUUCCAGGACAAAAAGACGGAGGAAUAACAGAACAUAAAUACAGAAAUGGACAUAAAACACUCCCAAGAUGCAAUGAAAAAACAAAGAAACUCUAGAGCAGUGGGGGCUUUGAGCGCUUGUUUAACAGCAAACAUCACGACAUUAAUACAUGACAAAGAGAGUGAAAGGCAAAGUUAAAACAUGUACAUCCAGCGCCGCUUUCCCACGAAAAGACUCUCUGUGGACCCGGGAAGACUGAGCUACAAACCAAAGACAGGAAGUCUCCUCAGCGUGCAGCCGGGAUAAUAAAGUGACCUCUGCACACACACCGACGUGCCUUCGCCUAACUAUGCAGGAGCCUCGACAAUCCCUCCUCCAUGAUCACCUGGAGCCAGUUCUCCUGCUUUUUAAACGUGAAAAAGACUUGGAUUUAAACGUGCUUUCAUCCGGGGAAAAGGAGAGAGGAAUGAGGUCGGGUUGGUUUCGGCGAGCCUCGACACGAUUGCUCUUCCCUGUAAUCCAAAACUCCAAACGGAGGCCAAACAAACCCCUUCCUCCUCUUCUUUUAAAACUGGAAUCCGUUGCUUUAUCUCCCAUCGUCUAAAUGAAAUCUCCUCCCGUGUAUUUUAGUAUGUUUUUAAUGUCAUUACAGUAUUACAGGAGUGUGUGACAGUAUUAACGACACGAACAACAGACUGGUUUCUAAUCUGCAUAGCAACAGGAGGGGUUUUCGUUCAGUGCCACACAGUUUAUUUGAAUCAUGAUUAUUUUAUCAGUUAACUGAUUCGUUUUUUGGGUUAAAAAAUGUCAGAAAAAGGUUUUUAAAAGUUGUGUUUUUCACUAAAAAUCAAAUAGAAGUCAAAAGUCAAGGAAUAUUAGAGGGGCCCUAUUCUGCUUUUUCAUUGCAGAUCAUUAAGAUAUUGGUUAUGAAAUAAAUAAAAACACUCAAUAAAAACAGCAUGAUGUUUGGGAAAUAUGUUUUUAAUCAAAUACUUUUUUAAACUUUAUUUUAAAAGAUAACACAUUAAAAAAAUGUUUUAUAAAAAGGUAAAAUAAUGCAAAUAAAUUCAGUUAAUUUCAUAAAUAAAUACAACUACAAUAUAUAUUAUAAUAAAACAAUGUGAAUUAAUGAAAUCUAUAUAAUAAUAAUAACAACUUUCCCCGAGGUCACAGGUUUUUAUUUAGAAAACAUUUCAUCACACCUUUGAACAUGCAGGACAAGAACUCCAGAAUUUUAUUUCCCAAGUGUUAAAUGACACUGCAGGACAUGACACUUUUUUACAUGUUAAAUCUGUUGGGUUUUUUUGGGGGGGGGGGUUUCCAAUUAUUUCCCAAUGUAGCGUCGGAGCAUCUGAACAGAAACAGUCAUUUAUGAAACAAAUCAUGAAGUUGUGAUUUAAAACAUCUUUUAUAUUCCUUCUUACCGUUUAUUCCUCUCCGUGUGUUUAUAGUACUUUCUACUCAUUAAUGGAAAAGUCAUUUUGAUGGAUGCUGAUGAUUCUUAUAUUAAAGUGUGUGUGUGUGUGUGUGUGUGUGUGUGUGUGUGUGUGUGUGUGUGUGUGUGUGUGUGUGUGUGUGUGUGUGUGUGUGUGUGUGUGUGUGUGUUCAGGUACACAGCCAUAUGGUCCCUAAAGUCUUAUCAUAUUAUUGUUAUUAUUAUAAUUAUGGAUUCAGAGUGUGUAAUCCUUUCUGUGAAAGGAGCAAAUGUUUCUCUGUAGUAAAACAUGAUUUGUUGUUAUGAAGUCUCUCCGUGCCUUCUGGUACUAAAACCCUCAAUAUCCAAUAAAAGGUACAUUUAUCUGAAAACA